CAAUCCAUAUUUCUGAUUCACCAAAUAGCUCAUGAUACCAUGUAUCCCACGCUUAGUGCGCACUCUAUAAGCUAGCUCACAUAGCUCAAACCCACAAACUGAUGAAGUUUUAAUUGGGUAAAAACUCAAAUUUAAGUUUUACUCGAGGAGAUGAAAUACCAGGAACGGUGAGACCUUAUAGCGAUAUAUUGUGAGUAUUUUGUAUUUAAGGUAGAUUCUUUUGUUGCCCUUUUAAGAAUGCAUUUCCGUGAAUAAAAUCAUCAUCAAGCUUAGGAAAUGCCUGAAAUUACAACUGGUACAUUAGAGAAAAAAUGAGUAAUUAAGUUCCAUCUCCAUUAGCCAUUUAAAUUAAAUACAAGUGUUGGUAAUGGUUUCAACCACUCUACAGGAAGGUCAUUGGGGAGAGCGCCACAUGUGAUUCAUCUUGUAUCUAUUGGUGUAUCUAGGAGGUAGGGGAAGUAUCCUUGUAAUUGGAAUUAGAAUUUGACCUCAAUAUAAGUGCUUAUGUUACCAACCUCAUUAUUUAUGCGCAUUAUCAUGGUCUCUUGUGGUUCUUUUGUACCACCAUUAAAAGUUUCCUCGCUAAUAUCUUGAUAACCCACUACCUUCCUUUAGGAAGAGUCGACUAAUUUUUGGGAUGAUGUUGACGCCAAUAGGGAGAGAUAUGUUCGACCUGAUUCUUGUUCAACUCCUCUAAUAGGUGGAAGAUUGGGUAUGACUGAGGUAUUCGGGUAGAAGUAGAAUGUUACAACCGUGGUUCUUCGAAAUGUAGUAAAAUUUAAUAACCUUGUUGACAUAUUUGAGAUGUUCCAAGUGAUUGCAAGCUUUCACCAAGAUCUCUUAAUACCCACUUCCUAGGUCAAGAAAAUUCUAAAGUUUUUAUUUCCUUUCUACGGAAUUACUUAAGAUGGUUUGACCCUUCUUCAAAUAACUAAGUGAAUUUUGAGAUAUUCUAAAAACUAAAGUAUGUAUUGUUAACUAAGCGGUAAAGCAACCUAGUAUGAUAUGCCAAGUAUUUAACCUGACCAUUCAUUUUAUCCUUGUUCAUGGGCUUCAUUCUAAAAUGUAAAGAUUUCCCUAGACACUUGUCGUCCAAGGUAAUGAGAUAAUUUUGAUAGGAUUGGAACCAAAUAGGGUCAUAUGCGAAGUUUGUUUGAAAUCCUGAUAUUAAUUGAUCAUUGAACUCUUUCUAGCGUUCAUCAAUAACAACAGCUAUCUAUCCAUGGGCAAAUGGAAUAAUAGUAUUAGUCCAAGUUGAACUAAUCCUAUGUGAAUAUAAUUUAUAUUCACCCUUAGUGAUGUGUUCUAAAUGGGAAACAUUUAGUAUAUAUCUGAAGUUAAAUAGUUAUUUUUUGUUGAUAGCAUUAUUGUCUAAUUCAGGCAGUUUCCACUAUAAAUUAUUAGUGGAUUGGUCAUCGUACAUGAUGGAUUCUUCUUGUACCAGAGUGUUAUCCAAUCGGACUAACUCUUCAUUAUUCAUGAAGAGUUAGAGUUGGGUGUCUGAUUCAUAUUCUGACACUACUUCGUCAACUAAUCCUACCUCAGAAUCUACUUCCGACAACUCAUCUUCAUCAAUGGGCUUGUAGGCUAAUUGUUUGCUUUCAAACAAGAUCCUUCAAAUAAUUUAUGUUCUACUCUUGUUAUGACAAGGAUUAGCUUUGUGAUCUUUCGAUCCAUAAACCCAACAACAUGAAUAGUUGCUCAAAGGUUUCCCUUUUAGGACAUUUCACUCCUCUUCCAUAUUUAUCUUGAAUGCGUUAAUCCUUUCACUAUCUCUGAUUCAUUAGAACGUCCUUUCCUACCCGGAACAUACUCUAUAUGGGCACAACAACUAUCGUUAAGAUAGGGAAGCCUUUUAGCAUUCUCCCUAACUUAAAGUUCAGUACAUGCAUUUCUCAUGUCAUAACAUUACUGCUUGUAUUCUUCCUCCUAAUCCAUCAACAAUUUAAUUCUUAUUAAGUAGGAGAUCAAAAGUUGUUUUUUCCUACUUCUAACUAAGGAUUUGGUAGCUUAGCAAAGAACAACUUGUUCCUGCAUUCUUGAGACACUAAGUUUAUAUUGUAAUAUUAUUUUCGAAAUUCACAAAUGUAGCUAUCAAAAUAACACUUGUCACAAAUUUGAAGUUUCAUGAGGACCAUUAUAGAUUGAUCGUUUUCUAAAGUUUCAAUUGAUGAUAACUUAAAUCCACAAAAUUCUCUUUUCAAGUCAUUGGCUACUAUUGCCAAAAUGCAUUCACGUAAAACUUCUUUAGCGAUUUUAUCAUUUAUUGCGGCGUCAGAUGCCAGUAUAUUCUGAAAAUUUUGGGUAUAUCCUACCAUGAUUACUUAACCGAGCUCAUAGGCUUGAUUUGAUGUAAAGUUGCAUGCUUUAACCGUUAUCCUAACGAUUGUAAUCCCAUCAUCUAUCCUUUAGGAUACAUGCUUUUCACAAACAAUAUUAAGAAAAAUACAUGAACUUAUGACCGUUCUUAAAGGGUUGUCCUCGUGAAGAAAAUCUUCCUCGGGUCUGUGAGGAUAAUUUGGUUUAAACACGUGCCUUUUUGUGGUAACAAGUUCAUUAUUAAACGAUCGAUCGAUCAUCUACUUCAGUUGAAGCUUCUUCCAUUAAACUCAUAGAUUGUAUAAGAUCGUUUCGCUAAGUGGCUAGUAUUAGCAUGAGCCAUUCUCUCAGUCGGGUACGAUAUGUUGGACCAAUUUUUUUUUUCCUUACCGAACUUUAAAAACAUCUGCUUCAGUAACGCUAUGUUUUACUUUUUCUUUUUUCAUUUUCAAUUUCAUCUAGCCGUUGAUUUAGGAUGGCUUGAUCUUCAAUCUCCUAUCCUCAUAGUCUGUUUGAUUAGGACAUUUCCCAAACAUUUUCAUCAAAUCUUUCAACAUUCAACAACAACAUCAUCUUCAUCUCCCCUCCUACUCUAUCCGUCCUCUCCCCUCCUACUCAUCAUCUUCAACUUUCAACAACAACAAAACAAAAGAACACAUGGGUAGUGGCAUAUUUCCGAAAUUUGUCCCAUCACCAAGCCCACAUACAUAACCCCAACUACUAUAUGUACGUUGAGCAAGCCGAGAUCAGACCAUCCCAACUCCAAACCACCAUCUCCCCCCAAAACUUUAACGACAAAGCAAAAAAAAAAAAAAAAAAAGAUGUCUCUGGUGACAGACGAGAUCAGGGCCAAGGCCACGGAGGUCUACAACGGCGACGAGAUCUGCCAGGCCAAAUCCAAGGAGCUCCUGGCCGAGAUCGAGCUCCCCAACGGGUUGCUGCCACUUCACGACAUCGAGGAGUGUGGGAUCGACAGAGAAACAGGGUUCGUCUGGCUGAAGCAGAAGCAGAGCAUCACCCACGAGUUCAAAGAAAUCGGGAGGCUUGUCACCUAUGGGCCGGAGGUGACCGCCGUGGUGGAAAAGGGGAAGAUCAAGAAGCUGACAGGUGUCAAGACCAGGGAGCUUCUGAUUUGGGUUUCUCUGUGCGAUAUCUACACCGACGAGCCGCCGACUGGGAUUCUUCAUUUUAAGUCCCCAACUGGGCUCUACAGGACUUUCCCUGCUUCUGUGUUCGUGGUUGAGGUGAAGGAGGAAACUGCUGCUGCUGCUGCCAAAGAAGCCGCGGCGAAGGAGGAAACUACUGCUGCUGCUGCUGCUCCAGCGGAAGCUGUUGAAGUGAAGGAGGCUUAAAGUUGGCGUCUUUAUUCGAUGGCUGUGAGAUGAUUCAGAGUAAGUGGUUUAAGUGCCGCAUGAAGUGUACGGGUUUCUGUUUAUUAGCAAGCAUGGCAAUUCUCGCUUUGGCUGCUUGCUGUUGUUGUUGUUUUUAUGUACUCUACUUGGAUUUCAUCACGUUGAUAAUAAAAUUGGAACGGUUGUGCGAAAAAGUUUGAUUUUUUUUUUUUUUUGGGUUGCUGCCCUCUCGACGGGAGUGAAAUACAAAAGAAGCAAUGAUGAAAGAGUUACUAAAAGAAAUCGUUGAACUCAAAAAAUACAAGAAUACAAGGCGCCAUCUAUGUGGUAUAUAUCCAUGUUAAUUGAAAACGAAGAAGACUAAUCCAUUGAAGAGCUCCUGACUGAGAUCGUAUUAUCCUUUUGAUGAUUCAGAAUACAAGUUUUAGUCAUUCACACAACAUCUACUAAUAAACUUACAUAUGAGAAGGAAAAGGGGAUAUUAGGGUUUGGUUUUAACCAGUUGCAACAAAAAUGAAAGAGUCAAUGAGCUAGUUUGGCAUACUGUGCAUUUUUCAAAAACAGUUUCUGCUGUAGUUUCUAGAGAAGUAUUUUUCAAAAAAAUCAGUUGAGUGUUUGACUGAUUCAAAUGAACUUUUAAUAUAACUUGUGAAUCAAAAUUUAAAAAUAGUCGCUUGUUGAAUUUUUUUAAUAUUAAACAAUAUUUAUUUUAGUUUUAUUUAGUUUUUUGAAUGAUAUAAAUAAAAGAAAGUAUGUUUUGAGGGAAAAGUUUGAAAGCAGCUUUUUGAAAAAGUUUCAAAUUAGAUUUUACGCUCUUAUGUUGUAAAAAGCAGCUUUCAACUUUUUCAAAAGUAAGACUUUUAAAGGUGUUUGACCUGGUUUCAGAUUUAGAAGCACAAAAAUACUUCUAAAAGUCGGGCAAAAAUGGGGAAUGUGUAUUAAGAGACUUAGAAUGCACUGCAGAGCUGGCAGAGAGAGAAGUCACGGCUUGGGUCGUGACACUCCAUACAGGACCGUGACGUGGUGCCUUCUAUGGACGAAUGAUGAGUCAUGACUGAUGGAUGGCAUGCCACGGCUUGGGACGUGACGCUCCGUACAUGGUCAUAAUGUGAAGACAUGCUUAUGUGGAUGAAUGAUACGUUACAAUAGGUACAUCCGUGAUUCUCGUAUUGGGAGAGUGUGAGAUGUCCAUGAGCUCCAAUCGUGAGAAGUGACAAUUGUAAUACACCCCCUCAAUUGAAGGCGUGGAUAUCAAGCAUGUCGAGCUCGGAAAGAAGAUGAUGGAACUAAGCGACGUUAAGUACCUUGUCGAGGAGAUAAUUCGGUUAGUCAAGAGUAGCAAUUUUGUGAGGCGGUACAUGAUGAAAGGGUUACUAAAAGAAAUCGUUGAACUCCAAACAUACAAGAAUGCAAGGCGCCAUCUAUGUGGUGUCUAUCCAUGUUAAUUGAAAACGAAGAAGACUAAUCCAUUGAAGAGCUCCUGAUUGCGAUCGUAUUAUCCUCUUGAUGAUUCAUAAUACAAGUUCAGUCAUUCACACAACAUCUACUAAACUUAUAUAUGAGAAGGAAAAGGGGAUAUUAGGGUUUAACCGGUUGCAACAAAAAUGAAAGAGUCAAUGAGCUAGUUUGGCAUACGGUGCAUUUUUCAAAAACAGUUUAUGCUGUAGUUUUUAGAAAAAUAUUUUUCAAAAAAAUCAGUUGAGUGUUUGAUUGAUUCAAAUGAAUUUUAAUAUAACUUGUGAAUCAAAAUUUAAAAAUAGU